CUGACUGUCGGUUUUGAUGGUUCGACUCGGCUCGAUCGUGUGUUGCGGCACGGCAUUAGAUAAAUAAAAUGUAAUCAAGGUUUUAUUGCACUGUGUGUAAUUAAUUAAAAAGAUUACGUUGCUGACCAUGAGAGUGAUUAUAGUGUGAACAUUCAGCCAAGCAAUGACCUAAUCGUGAUUAUCGGUUCAUCCGCAUUAUCGAUCAUGUGUUAAAAGUGUAGAUUAGUAGAGUUAAUUACGUGGAAUAUCGCGAUGUCCAUACUCAACUCUCAAGAUGAGGCGGAAGCCGACAGAAGAUCGACUGUAAAGAAGAUUCUGAGUGCAGCAUUUUACGCGCUAGCCUCAUUCAUGAUAACUGUAGUGAACAAAACUGUUUUGACGACAUACGCUUUUCCGUCAUACCAAGUUUUGGGUUUGGGACAAAUGGUGGCGAUAAUCACGGUGCUAUGGUGUGGACGUGCGGCUAAUGUAGUGCAGUUCCCUUCGCUGGAUCUCGGGGUAGCGCGGCGGAUAUGGCCUCUGCCUUUUAUCUAUUUAGGUAAUAUGGCAACAGGCCUCGGAGGCACGAAAGAACUAAGUUUGCCGAUGUUCACGGCAUUACGGAGAUUUAGUAUCUUGAUGACUAUGGUUCUCGAGAGGCUAGUUUUAGGUUUACAAGCGUCCUGGCAAGUUCAGAGCAGUGUUUUUGCAAUGGUGUUUGGUGCUUUGCUGGCCGCAGCCGAUGAUGUCACAUUCUCAGUGUCAGGAUACACCUUAGUGCUUCUCAAUGACGCAUUCACUGCUGCUAAUGGAGUAUAUAUGAAGAAGAAAUUGGAUGCCAAAGAUCUUGGGAAGUAUGGAUUAAUGUACUACAAUGCAUUAUUUAUGUUUGUACCUGCAGCCCUAGUAGCCUGGUGGACCGGAGACUUGGUCCAGUCUGCGAAGUACCCUAGCUGGGGGGAUGCCUUAUUUUUAGCUCAAUUCCUGAUGUCUUGUAUAAUGGGUUUUGUGUUAUCCUACAGUGUUAUGUUGUGUACCCAGUACAAUAGCGCCUUGACUACCACCAUCAUUGGCUGCCUCAAAAAUAUUUUGGUGACCUACCUAGGAAUGGUAAUAGGUGGUGAUUACAUAUUCUCGUGGUUGAACUUUGUGGGUUUGAAUAUAAGCAUAUUUGCCAGCCUUCUUUAUACAUAUGUCACGUUCAAACGCAAGCCCAGUGCCAGCUACACACUACUGAACACUGCCAAAGUGGACACAGUAUAGCGAAAACUGAGAAGAAAGUCCACAUACUUAGUAUAGUUUUGGCUUUACCAAAGAAUAUAUAUGAUUACGGUGAAAAGAACUAAGUUAUGCUGUGACAAGUGAUUCGAGAAAUGAACAAAAUGGCCAUAAUCUUACUAAUACUUUCAUAUGUUCAAGAGUUGAGUGUGGAAUCAAUAAGAGGUGAUGAGGGAAAUUGAGACUGGCAGUCAUACCAGUUAUACCUCAAGUUAUACAAUCACUGUUUGUGAUGGUGUGUGUAGUUUUUUAAUCUCCCUGUCGUUGUCAAGAAGAUCACACUUUUGUUAUAAACAAAAAGUUUGGUAAUGAGGAUGUUUGUGAGUCAAACAUCACACAAAAUCUACUAGACUGAUUUCGAUGUAAUUUUGUACACAAACAGGAUAAGUGUAAUUUAUUUGAACUUUACCCAAUGCAUACAAAAAUUUUACUUUUUAAAAAGGAAUUGUACAUCUCUAUUGGUUUGAUACUCAAAUUUUGAUACCCAUACUGAAAAUAAUGUAUUGUCUAGAUCAUAUAUGUAUAUGUUAACAAUAGGGUAGAUGACAAUUUAUGGUUUUUAUGACUAUUUGAAGGCCCUUUAUAAUGCUGCCAAAGAUAUGACAAAAAUAAAAUCACUUCUAUACUAAAUGACACUACUAUAAUAUGAUAUACAAGUGACGUCUCUAGGUAAUAUUUUCACAAAAAAAGCUAUGUUUGUUGGACAGCUACCUUAAAUAUUGCCUUUACUGUAAUUACUUCUCAAUAAAAGAUUUUACAAAAU